UGUGUGGAGAAAUAUGUAGCGCCACCUUCUGGGAAACGUACUCUGUAGUCUCAAAAAGUGUGUGUUGUGAAUUCGCGGGGAAAAAACAUUUACAAUACUGUAUACAAAAUACACAAAUCAAGGCCAAGUAUAACUCGCCUACCCCAUUUAUCAUAUUCCCUUAUUUAAAACAAACAAACAAAAGCAAUGUUGAAAUAGCUAGUGUAUUGGAGAUUUCAGUUUGCGUUUUGGAGUCUAUACGUUUCUCAUUCACGUGGACCUAUAAAAAUAUGGCGACUGGAUUUAAGACUGCGGAGCCUUUGGAAUAUUACAGAACAUUUUUGAAAGAUAACUGUCGGCCUGAUGGACGGGAGCUUGGUGAAUGCAGAACAACCACCCUCAACAUAGGUUCAAUAACUACUGCAGAUGGGUCUGCCUUAGUAAAGCUGGGUAAUACUACCGUGGUGUGUGGUAUUAAAGGGGAGUUUGCUGUACCACCUUUGGACUCCCCAAAUACUGGAUACAUUGUCCCUAAUGUAGAUUUGUCACCUCUCUGUUCGGCAAGAUUUCGACCUGGACCUCCAGGAGAACAGGCACAAGCUGCUAGUCAGUUCAUUGCAGAAGUUAUAGAAAAUUCUCAGGUUAUACAGAAGGAAGAUCUUUCUAUUGAAAAUGGGAAACUGUCAUGGGUACUGUAUUGUGACAUCAUGUGCCUCGACUAUGAUGGAAAUAUUUUGGAUGCUUGCACAAUAGCUUUGCUUGCAGCCUUGACAAAUGUGCUCUUACCAGAGGUGUGCAUCAGUGAAGAAACUGGCUUAGCAGAAGUAAAUCUAAAAGUGAAAAAACCUUUAAAUAUCGUAAAACAUCCAGUUGCCACUUCAUUUGCAAUAAUUGAUGACACAGUCAUUAUAGUUGAUCCCACUGGAGAGGAAGAAAAUCUAGCAACUGGAAUGCUUACAAUAGUAACGGAUGAAGACAACAGACUGUGUACUGUACACAAAUCAGGUGGCAGUCCCCUGUCAGGAGAAAAGCAGCAAGACUGCAUCAGCCGGGCAAUGACAAGACACAAAGAAGUCAGGAAAAUGCUUGAUGAAAUGAACAAAAGUGUAAAGACAAAGAAUGGCUAAAUUAUUUAAAAGUAGUUUGUUUUAAAAAUGUGUUUGUUAUUAAAAAGUAUUUUGUAAUAAAACAAGAGACAAUACAUUACUGUAAUCAAUUUA